AUGACAGCCAACAUCAAUGAGGCUAAGGAUAUUUCCGCAUCAGUGCACAGGGAUGUCUUGUCGUGGGCUGUGUGGCGGGGGCAUAAGGAGAAGAAAAGUGUCUCCUUUGCAGCAGUGAUGCCAGCUGCCAGUUCACAAUCUGCACUCAGUUUUUCCUGCAACACUGCUUCCAGCCUGCUCAGGACGAGAAGUGUCCCAGAUGUGGUGGGAACCGAUCCAACUGCUUCUACACCAUCCCAAAAUGUCUCCACUGCACUUGAUGCCGUGUGUGCGUCGUCUAUGAGGUUUUUAACCCCUCAGCCGUUCGGAAAAGCAGGGUUUUCGAAAAGUAAAAUGAGAACGACUAACUCUCAGGCGGACUUUUGUGGACAGACCUCGAGUAUGGUGAAGCCAAAUGCGUUGAGACAGACCUACUCACCAUCUGAUAGAUUGGCAGUGAAAGGCCCAGGAAAGAGAAAAGAACAAGUCGUGCGAAACGAAGAGGACAGAAAUCUGGAGGGGUCGCCAAACCAUGCAUCAAACAGGACCUCUUUCCACUCGUGCGUCCAUUUUGACAUUCCUCCCAGCUCCAUCCUCUCUGCUGUGUUCUUGGUCAAGUCGCUGUCCAUUUCAUUAGAAGUCCUUAAAACCAAGCCGGCUUUGCACACGUCUACCUUCUCUUGCCGUCUUGCUAUGUCCAAUGUAAAGAAAUUUAAGAGUGCAAAUCAUAGGAGAGCUUCCAGGUACGGAGAGAGUGGCAGUUUGAGUUACUGCAGAGGCCUUCAAUCAAAGCAGAAAAGCUACAAGGUCACGCAAAUAGCCCCUGCUAACAUGGCCCACUCAGAACCGCAGUGCCAUAGUGUUACUCUUGGAUUAUUGACAUUCAGUGGGCAAAGUCCCCCUUACAUAAAGACUACCAGGCAGAAGGGGAAUGCAGAUGAGGAAGUCCAAGUUUUCCACAGUAAUUUCAAGCACAGUCUACACACAGAUGCCGGAUCAUGGGACAAGCAAAGUGAUGAGAAGGAGGUGCAUUCAGAAGAAGACUGUAGCAACAAGCCUAACAGGGAUGCAUCUCUGAAUACAUAUAAGACCUGCUAUUAUCAUUCCCGACUGAAGGAGGACACUGUGGAUGGAGCAGCCAAGAGUCUCAGCCUCCAAGAGGCUCUGGAGCUGUUGCGCCCUGACUUCAUCAGCCGUUCCCAGAACAGGGUGAAGAGGCUGGAGCAGAGGGCCAGGACAAGGAGAGCUCACUGUGACUCUGGCCCAGGCUCGGUGCAUGGCCUCGGGGAAGAUCGAGGCAAACACAGGAGGAACUGCACCACACCGGAUCCACUUAGCAAUAACCUUUUCAAGCCGAGAGAGCGCACUAUAUCGGGCCGAGAGAUGCAGCUGAGGUCCAGACGGAUUUACAACAAGCUCCCAGAAGUGACCAAGAGAAGGCAGGAGGAGAAAAGACGGGCUGUAUCGCAAACUAACAGAUUGAGAGCAGAAGUUUAUAAGAAGAAAUCCCCACAGCUCUGGGAAAUGACUCUCAAAUCUGCUGAGAACAGGAUGGGGACUGGUGUUUACACUGGGGCUCUCACAGGAUGGGAAUGUGACACAGCGCAUCCCACCAUCCCGCCCGGACCCUCUCAAAGCAGUCUGGAUGAGAAUGAGCAAUUGCAAAACUUGACCAAACCUCAACGCUAUGAGACCACCGUACCUCUACUUCUGAAAGGAAAGGAGUGGAGACCACUGAGCCAGCUUACAAACAGGGGCUAUCCUUCAUCGCUGCAGCUGCUGGUGGAGGCGGAAGGAGAACAGCUGAUCCUGUCCCUGGUUAAGAAUGAGGGACUAUUCGCGAGUCAUUACACAGAGACACAUUACCGGGCGGAUGGAAGUGCAGUCACGGGCGCUCACAACUUUACGAAUAACUGCUACUAUCACGGAGAGGUGCAGGGCCAGCCAGACUCAGACGUCACCCUUAGUGUCUGCUCGGGUCUUCUUCGGGGCUUCAUCUCACUUCUGAACAGGACAUUUAUCAUUGAGCCAUCGCUGGGCCUCCACACCUCAGACCACUUCAUCUACAGAGGAGAGGAGCUCACACUGGCUACAGGGUCCUGUGGUCACCUCUCCAGUAUGUCCAAUAUGUCCGCCCCUCCACCUCCGGACCCCGUCACAAACCCUUUCCAAUCUUUCCACUCCAGGCACAAACGACACACCCAGAAAACCACCAAGUACGUGGAGCUGAUCAUUGUGGCUGACAACAGAGAGUUCCAGAAGCAAGGGAAAGAUGUGGAGAGAGUGAAGCAACGACUGGCGGAGAUAGCCAAUUAUGUAGACAAGUUCUACCGGGCCCUGAACAUCCGCGUGGCUCUGGUGGGUCUGGAGGUGUGGAGCGACGCUGAUAAAUGUCCCGUCACCCAGGACCCCUUCACCACUCUGCACGAGUUUCUAGACUGGAGGAAAGUCAAGCUACUGCCGCAGAGGCCCCAUGACAACGCACAGCUCAUCAGUGGGGUCUAUUUUCAGGGCACCACCAUCGGUAUGGCCCCCAUCAUGAGUAUGUGUACAGUGGAGCAGUCUGGAGGGAUUGUGAUGGAUCACUCAGAGAAUCCUCUCGGUGCUGCAGUGACUUUGGCUCAUGAGCUUGGGCAUAACUUUGGGAUGAACCACGACACUCCAGAGCGCGGCUGUGGCUGUAGGAUGACCGUGGACCGAGGAGGCUGCAUCAUGACCCCGUCUACAGGGUAUCCAUUCCCCACCGUGUUCAGUACAUGCAGUAAGAAGGACUUGGCCGCCAGUCUGGAGAAGGGCGUGGGGAUGUGUCUGUACAACAUGCCCGAGGUCAAGGUGCUCUACGGGGGACAGAAGUGCGGCAACGGCUACGUGGAGGAAGGGGAAGAGUGCGACUGUGGAGAGCCAGAGGAAUGUAUGAAUCCUUGCUGUAAUGCCACAACAUGCACUCUAAAGGGAGACGCAGUGUGUGCCCAUGGACAGUGCUGUGAAGACUGCAUGCUCAAACCAGCCGGGACCCUGUGUCGAGAGUCCAGUAAUUCGUGUGACCUCUCUGAGUUCUGCACCGGUGCUAGCCCCCACUGCCCCGCUAAUGUUUACCUCCAUGACGGACACUCCUGCCAUGACGUUGAGGGCUACUGCUACAAUGGCAUAUGUCAGACUCACGAACAGCAGUGUAUUACUCUGUGGGGACCAGGAGCCAAGCCUGCUCCGGGGAUCUGCUUUGAGAGAGUCAACUCUGCUGGAGACCCUUAUGGGAACUGCGGGAAGGAUUCCAAAGGCUCGUUCGCCAAAUGUGAGGCGAGAGAUGCCAAGUGUGGUAAAAUCCAGUGCCAGGGAGGAGCCAACCGUCCUGUGAUUGGGACUAAUGCAGUGUCCAUAGAAACCAACAUCCCGCUGCAGGAGGGGGGCCGCAUUCUGUGCAGGGGGACUCAUGUGUACCUUGGGGACGAUAUGCCGGACCCUGGACUGGUCCUGGCAGGAACCAAGUGUGGAGAUGGGAUGGUGUGCCUGAACCGCCAAUGCCAGAAUGUGAGUGUGUUUGGCGUGCAUGAAUGCUCCGGGAAGUGCAACGGACGUGGGGUGUGCAACAAUAAGAGAAACUGCCACUGUGAGGCGCACUGGGCUCCUCCGUUCUGUGAAAAGACAGGCUUUGGAGGGAGCAUUGAUAGUGGACCAAUGAGGCUGGCAGCCGACAGCGUGGUCAUCACUGUGGCCGUCCUGGUCACCCUGCUCAGCCUUGCGCUCGUCAUCGCCCUCGUCUUCACCAAAAGGAAGACUCUGCUGCGCCUACUCUUUGCCAACAAGAAGAGCACCUUAGAGAAGCUCAGAUCUAUGGAAACCGGCAGACCAAUUAGCCCCAUCAGAUCCCAAUCCCUGUAUAGACCUACAGCGCUGCGCAAACCUCCUCCCAAACCAUCUACCACCAAUAUGUACAAGCCCUCGUUCCCUGGUGCCGAGCCUCUCUUGGCCGCUCACAGUUUCCACUCUCAAAGCCUGCGCAGACUGCCUCUGUACCAGCCUCUGCACAUCAGUCAUCCAAUGCCCCUGUCUCUGAGCGUGGGACAGCCUUGUCUGCCCCCUCUACCCCCCCACCACCAUGUGCUGCCCGUCCACAGCUCCACGCUUUCACCAUCCAGAGCUCCACCCUUUCAUAGCCUGCCACGCCAGCAGUCUUCUUACAGAGUGGAUCAGGAGUGCGAGAAGCCCAGCCCUCCUCAGAAGCCCCUCCCUGCUGACCCUGUGCUGAGGAUGUCCCGUCGGUUCAACAGUCUGUCUGAAGGGGGCAGCAGAGUCCACAGCACUGCUCCCAGGCCCAUCCCUAUACCCACUGUGCCCACACCUCCCCCCACCAUCCCUCUGCCCAGCAGGCCUGUUCCAGCGCUGCCCUACAGACCACCAAAGAACACGGACUCUUGAGCGUUUUUAUAGAUAUGCUGAUUUCCACACAGAGUAUGGUUUGCACUAAAGACUCUGAAGAGGAGAGCUUUCAUGUUGAAAGUGAAACUAAAGGGGACUGAGCGACUGCUUUUGGUGCUGCACCUCUGUACGGCAUUCUGUCCUCACUCAGGUACCAAUGAACUAUUUAAGUAUUUAUUAUUGAACUGCAACAUUGUUCCUUUGUUUUAGUAUUGAUGUUUUCUACUUUUUUCUUAGUGACACUGCUUAUGAUGUUUUAUAAGCAAUGAUGUGAAAAUAUAAUGACGUAGGCAUAAAGGGAAAUGCAGCACAACCUUAAUCUGAACUUUUGUAUUGAUUAUUCAUGCACUCCAGAUUCUGUUACUGCGUAAAAGCAUUCU